GAGCGUUCAUUGGAAAGAACAGGCCGCCAUAUUUGUAACAGCGGUGCGACUGCUGUCACCAUGGAAACACGCGUUGCCGAACAACAACUCUGAGAGAAACGCCGUUUCACUAAUCUGUAGCACAUAUGGACGGCCUCUGACAGGUCCCACGGACUGUCAGCUCAAUGUAAAUCUGUGCAAUCUGUGGCGCAGCACAUCCCUCAGUUUUGUGUUAGCUAGACAAUUCGCAAAAAAGAGCUUCGUGUUGGUUAUCUAUGUCAGAGGAAAGCCAUAGAAGCAGCCAACAUUAUGGCCGUUUCAGUUGAAGAGGUUUCUGCGUCCCUUGUACGGGAAUAUCUGAGUAGAAAGGGACUCAAGAGGACGAUUGCCUGUAUGGAUGAGGAGCAUCCCCGCACAGUUUCCAGUAUUAACAACAGAUCACACUUGAGGCAGAUUCUACACAUUGAGGGUCUCUAUAGAAAGAAUAAGGUUCAGAAUUCGCCCCUGAAAACAUUACUGGAGAUUAUUGUAAAGCAUCACGUUGAAGGCCUCAAAGAUGACAAGAUGACCUGCAACAAAGGUGAUCCCCUGCAGUCUGCCUUAAUUGUCAACUCGACUGCUAAUUCACCUGCAAUAACGCCAUCAGAGAUGGAUGACAAAAAGACAGAACAUAGCACAGAACUCUUUGUUACUAGCAAUCCCAUCAAAUUAAGGUCACACAUCAAGGGACCUCGCCCUAAUGUACCUACAGGUACAUUAGUAUUUCCUGAGUCGGAUGGACUCUCCACCCAUACUCAAAAAGGUAUCUGGAUUUGUGACUCACGGGACCAAAAAGGCCAGCCUCUGAGGGCUUCCCUCCAGGACAAUGACAGCUUAAUCAGGAGAGAACCAGAAAAAAAAACUUCCAUCACUGAGAGCAUCCAAAGGAGCAGAAGCAAUCGAAUUACACGUGGCAUGAUGGCUGGACCAAUAGCCAGCACAUCCCAGGAGACAAACAAAAAAAGGCAGAGUCGAAGGGUAGAAGUACCUCAGCCGCUGCUCAGAAAAGAAGAAGAAAAUAGGCAGUUGAAGGAUGGACUUUUAGUGACUGGCCUACAGCAAAAAGCUGUAAACUGUACAAAAAGCUCAGAAAGCUGCCUAACUGAAAUGAGCUCAACAGACCACGUAGGAGGGAGACGGGAGACAUGGAGCGCACCAGAGGGAGUGCAGAGUGAAAACAGCUUUGAAAAAGUGGGACAAGACAUGCUGAAGACAAGAAAAGUAAAGACUUUGACCUGGCCAAGUGUAGCUGAUUUGGAUGUGUCUGAGAUGGUGUUAGAUGACAUUGACGACGAUGACGAUUUGCGAGAAUUCUCCAAAGUGUCCUUUCAGAGAACUGUCACAGAGCGGAGUUAUGCAGGCCGUCUGAUGGACCAACACACUGCCAUGGAAUUGAAAGCGGUUCUCCUCGGUUCUUGCCUAAAUUGUUUCAGUGUUGAGUGGAGGAAUCAGGGUUUCACAUUCUCAGAAACGCAUGAGUUGAGAUAUGGAAUUGUGCAGAAAAAGGGUGGUCCUUGUGGAGUUUUGGCAUCCGUUCAAGCUUUUGUUCUAAAGAAACUGCUGUUUGAAAACAUUGAAAGUAGUAAUACAGGCCUUCUGAGGUUAAGACCUUCCAACACCACCAGGAGAAAGUGUCUUGUUUCAGCUGUAGCUGAAAUCCUGUGGAGGGCUGGGGAGGAAAAACAAGCCACAAUUGCAGUAAGUUCAGGACGAAAUCAUUUCACCCCAACUGGAAACUACAAAUCGGAAGGAGUCUUUGAAAAGAUAACAUGUUUCACUGUGGAUAACAGGAAGGACCUACAGUUGCUUCUGGAACAGCAUAUUGAGCAGUUUGAGACUGGGGUGUUAGGAUGCCUAUUGCUGACCAUAUCUGCUGUUCUCUCUCGAUCUGUUGAAAAAGUAAAAGAGGACAUGGAUGUGCCCACCACCACGCUCAUCGGAGCCCAUGGCUACUGCACUCAGGAGCUGGUCAACCUGUUGCUCUGUGGCCGAGCAGUUUCUAAUGUCUUUGACGAUGACAUGGAGUUGGAUUCAGGCAAUGGCAACACAACCCUGCUCAAGGGAAUCAAAGGUCACUGUGACGUUGGCCUGCUGUCCUUGUUUGAACAUUAUAACAUCUGUAAGGUAGGGGCUUACCUGAAGACUCCCCUUUACCCCAUUUGGGUGGUGUGCAGUGAAAGCCACUUCAGCGUGCUGUUUGGCCUGCAGAGGGAGCUGUUGACCAAUCAGGACAAGGGUCUGGAGUUUGACCUCUACUAUUACGACGGACUGGCCAACCAACAGGAGGAGAUCCGCCUCACUGUCUCUGUUGGCAAAUCCAUGGUGAGUUGUCAAGAUGUCGACACUGAUCUCAUUCCUCCUGUGGAUCACUGCAUCCGAACAAGGUGGAAAGAUGCAUUUGUGAAUUGGAAUGACACAGAGCCUAUUCUCUGAAUAACGGGAUGGUUUCAUGAUAUUUGUUAGGACCAUUAACUGACAAUAGACAUUUUGCAUCACCAAUGCAGAUUUUUUUUUUUUACACAUGUACAUGUUACUUUUGUUUUUUGUUUUCUUCACAUUAUAUUAAAUUCUAAUUUAUCCGUAUAGUUCAGCAGUAUUAGUGAGACACAGUGUUGGACAAAGUUAAUUUUGUUCUGCCUUUAAUUUACAUGACCUGAUCAUUACUUUGAUUAAAACAUGCAGCUGGAAACUGGAAUGUGACAUAUUGUAUCUGCCAUAAAGCCUAAUGCUGUCUCAUACAAAAUGAUACGGUUUAGCAAUAAGCAAAAGGUAAGUUUUUCUUGAAGUGUGUGUGAACAUGAACAGGUUUGAAUGGAAACUCUUAAAUUUGUUGCUGGUGAAAUGUAAAUGGUUGUAUUGACCACAGUGGCCUUUUUCUACUUUACCUGUACUUUAUACAUAUAGAUAUAUAUCACAGAUUGUUGUCUACAUUUUACAGUAAAUUAAUAUGAUUUCCCUGCUUAUUAGAAAUGAGAUUAAAAUUAAGAUGUGAUAUUUGAAUCAUGGAAACCAUUGAAAACGGCUAAAGAAAGAUAAAUGUGCGUCCAUAAAUAUUUUCACACCAUGUCUUAACAGAUUUUUACAUGUUACUUAUAAUCUUGUUUAACAGUUUAAUUUUGAAAUAGCCAAAAAUCAAACAGCCUUUUAUUACAUGUGCACUCUUCAAAUGAGUUGAUCUGUUAAGUUGUACUGUUUUUGUUUUCAUUGCUCCAAUUAUAAUUCAGAUAGAUUGUUGGGAGAUUGGAUUGAAUACAUUUCGGCUGGUGUGUGUUUGUGUGCGUCAAAGAGAGACGUGAUGAUAAAGGGCCCAGAUACUGUAUGUGUGACACUCAGUAGUACACUCGAUUGCUUAUAAUUGUCUUGAUGAAUUUUCACUAUUGACAGACCUCUCAUCUGGAACAGAUAAUAAAAUAAUUCAAUACCUCAA